UUUCAGAAAAUGGCAGGUAGACCAUUUAUACUUAUUCAUACAUUCAAGGAUUUGUCAAAACUCAGAGAAGGACAGAGUUACUAUAGUGAUAUUGAAGUACGAUACAACAUUCCAUGGAGACUGCGCAUUUUCAAGAAUGAUGGAUUUCUUGGUGUAAACCUGCACUGUGAAAAAGAGGAGUGUAUUGAGACAAAAAAGUGGACGUUUCAAACGAAAUUCACUAUGAAAUUAGUAACUGUAGGUGGAAAGUUUUUCCGACGGAUUGUACAACAUGAAUUCCAAAAACCGGAAGGAUAUGGAAUGGAUAAAUUCAUAAGUUGGGAGAAUAUGCUAAGGGAUUAUGUGGAUAAUGAUAGUACUAUCAUUGAAAUCCAUGCCGAUAUUGUGAGCAGUACAGGUUUCUUUGAAGUCAAGUAUCUUCCAAAUCUUCAACCAGAUUCCAAUAAUUCAUUUGUUCUGAAACAUACGUUCAAGAACCUUUCGAGAUUUGAGGAAGAUGAAAAAGAUUUCAGCGAUGCAGUAGAUCAUUACAAUAUUCCCUGGAUAAUCGAAAUAAUAAAAACAAACGAAUUUCUUGGGAUCUACCUGAACUGCCAAAAAGAAUACCAUGAAGGGAGGAAAUGGUCAAUAAAAUGCAAAUAUGAAUUUAAAUUGAUUUCUGCAAGUGGUAAUCUUCAUUCAGCACAGCAAACGACUGUGUUUGGAAAUGGAUCGUCGGGCUGGGGAGACAAUACAUUUAUUAGUUGGAAUGAUAUGGAGAACGAAUAUGUGAACAAUGACAGUAUCGAUGUGGAAAUUUCUGUUAAAAUAAUUAAAUUCGCAGAUGAGCCAUGUACAAUGCAAACAUUUGCACUAUCCCAUACUAUCAAGAACAUGUCGAGUAUUAGAGAAGGAGAGGACUACGAUACGGACACUCAAUAUCGUUUCAACAUUCCAUGGAGACUGCAAAUUCAAAGGCAAAACGGGUUCUUUGAAGUGUUUCUUCUAUGUGAGAAACAACUAUGUAAAUCCAGAAAAUGGUCAAUUAAAACUGAUAUUCAAUUGAAAAUAGUGCCACCAAAUGGGAGAAGUUUAUUGUUAAGUGCGAUAUGUGUGUUCGAUAGACCAAGCGGUUCCGGAUGGACUACACUCUUAAGAUGGAACAGUUUAGAAGAGAAGUACCUAGUCAACGACACUCUCCUUAUUGAAGCUCAAGCAAUUAUUCUCGAAAUGACAGGAAUUGGAGAGGUAGAAGAAGUAGUAGAAGAAGAAGAGGAAGAGACGACGGACGAAUCUUUGAAUGAAGAACUAAUUAAUGAAAAACAAUUCUCUCUACCGUUCACAGUCAAUAAUGUUUCAAAGUUUCAAGACGGUGAGAAACAAUGGAGCAAUACAGAACAGCAUUAUGAUAUUUCAUGGAGACUUCGAGCUAGAAAAACGUUAGGCUUUCUUGAAAUUGUUUUGUUUUGUAAUGAAGAAUAUUGUAUGGCUUGGAACAAGAUAAUAGAAGCUGAUUGCACAUUCACAUUGGUUUGCACAAAUGGCAGUAAUAUAGAACAAACAUUGAAACUCGUUUUUGAUAAAUCAGGUGGACAAGGUAUCAGUCGAUUCAUUCGAUGGGACGAAAUGGAGAAGUACUAUCAGCUUAACGGCAGUGUUAAUAUACAAGCGAAAGUGAAACUGAACAAGGUGGAAGAACUUCCUUGCGAGAUUUUGCCAGCUGCAAAAAGUUUUACAUUGUCUCACACUGUCGCAAAUAUUUCAAACAUGCGUAAAGGAACUACAUCCUUCAGUAAUUCAGAAGAGUGGAAUUACGCUUUAUGGAAAGUGUGCUUGAAGAACAACAACGGCUUUGCCGAGUUAUUCCUGAAUUGCGGAAAUGAGAACAGUGAGCAAGAGUCGCGGACCGUUGAGGCUAAGUAUCAACUCUCUCUUGUUGGAGCUGGUGGGAAACAAAUCUCCGAAUUUUUCGAGCACAAUUUCGAGACACCCGAUUCGAACGGGGAUCCUAAAGUCAUCAGAUGGAAGGAUAUGUUGGAACAGUAUGCGGUGGAUGAUAGUGUGAGAAUCGAAGCUCACGUUUCGUGUGUUCCGAUAGCAGAUGAUCUACCAGCUAGCUCCCUCGUAAUCAAGCAUGUUGUCGAAGAAAUUUCAAAUAUAAAUGAAGCAGAAUAUAAUUACAGCAAAACCAAAAAACAUUGUGAAAUUCCAUGGAGAAUUUCUGCUCAAAGAAAACAACAGCGCAUUUUGCUUCACCUUCACUGUGAUAAGCCAUUAACCAACGAUGAAGACUGGUCGAUUGAAGUAGAAGUUCAGCUCAUUCUAGUGUCAGACACUGGAAGAACACUGACAGAUAUUUAUGUCACUCAUAUAUUCGAAAGAACAGAAGGAAUUCAUUGGACGAGGGAUUUGACAUGGGAAGAUAUGAAGAAAGAUUACAUGGUUGAUGAUAGCGUUAGAAUUGAAGCUCGUGUAAAAUUAGUGGAAGCAAGGGAUGACAAAAGUUAUGACGUUAUCACAGAUGAUGCUACCACCUCAGAACAGUAAUCCGAACUGUGAAGUUACGUGGAACACUCGGAUAUAAGGAUUUAGACAAGAACUAUAACACAUUUCUGUUGAAUAAUACGGUUAAAUGUAUCACAAUUUGUACCUAUUGAACUCGUUUUUAAUGUUUUAUUUUAAUAAAUGAUGAAACAAUAUAAGUUUGAAGUUAAAUAAAAA